AUGACCACAACAGCCGCGGAACCGCUCAUCUCCAACAACCACCGACAAUCAUUCGGAGAACGUGACGCUCAUGAUGAGGCUCCCGACGUGGAUGAGAGUGCAUUGGGCUCUCCAGGUGCUUUUAUAUGGAUCUUGACUUUUUGCGCUGGGGUUAGCGGGCUGUUGUUUGGUUAUGAUACCGGCGUAAUAUCCUCCACUCUUGUGUCUAUCAACACUGAUCUGUCAUCUCGACCCUUGUCCAUCCUCGACAAGUCCCUCAUCACCUCAUGCACGUCUCUCUUCGCUCUCAUCGCUAGUCCACUCACAGGUGUACUGGCCGAUCACUGGGGAAGAAAGAAGGUGAUAUUGCUAGCCGACUUUUUUUUUGUGGUGGGCGCGUUAUGGCAGGCGUUCACAGGGACUGUGGGAGGAAUGAUCAGUGGAAGGAGCGUGGUUGGGGCCGCAGUGGGUGCCGCGAGCUUCGUCGUACCUUUGUAUAUUUCCGAACUCUCCCCAUCGCCAUUCCGAGGCCGGCUAGUUACGGUUUGUACCUUAUUCAUCACUGGAGGCCAAGUCGUCGCAUACAUUAUCGGAUGGCUGUUUUCGGCCCACCCCCACGGCUGGAGAUGGAUGGUUGGUCUCGGUGCGCUACCCGCAGCAAUACAAUUCCUCGUUCUAUAUUUCAUGCCUGAGACCCCAAGGUGGCUCGUCAAGGUAAAUCGGAAAGAGCAAGCAAAGCGAGUCCUCAGCAGGGUUUAUGGGGGAGAUGGGAGUGCUGAGGGCCUUGUGAACUCCGUGUUACGACGAGUGGAGAGAGAAAUCUAUGAGGAGGAAGAUGCGGCUGGAGAAAGAGCAGUACCAGAAGAGGGGAAGGCCGGGUGGAGAGCAAAAGCAGCCAGGAUAAAUGAUAGUGUCACGCAGCUCAUAGUUGUGGACGGGAAUAGGAGGGCUUUGAUUCUUGCAUGUAUGCUCCAGGGGUUCCAGCAACUUUGCGGCUUUAACUCCCUAAUGUACUUCUCCGCCACCAUCUUCUCCCUUGUCGGCUUCCGCUCCCCAACCCUAACAUCCCUCUCUAUCGCCACCACCAACUUUGCCUUCACUCUCCUCGCCUUCCAUUAUAUCGACCUCGUAGGCCGCAGACGAAUCCUGCUCUGGUCCGUCCCAAUUAUGGUCAUUGGUCUUGCACUUUGCUCCCUAGCAUUCAAUUUCAUUCAACUGCCAGCGCAGAAAGCCACCGAGAUUUCUACUGCCGCCAAUGAGCUUGCGGGUAGUAACAAGACAUGGCCAAUGGUCAUUUUACUCGCCAUGGUAACGUAUGUAGCGGGUUAUGCAAUUGGAAUGGGGAAUGUGCCGUGGCAGCAAUCUGAGCUCUUCCCCCUUACCGUUCGCUCCCUCGGCUCCGCCCUCUCCACCGCUACAAAUUGGGGUUCUAAUUUCCUCAUCGGCAUCACAUUCCUUCCUAUGAUGGAAUACCUGACGCCGGUUGGCACGUUCGCUCUCUACGCCGGGGUAUGU